CGCGCUGCCGGCUCCCAGCGCUGCGUACGCCACCAGGUCAAGGACAGCCUCAGCCCCGCUCAGCCACCGAACUUUGAUGAGAAGAGCUAGAGAAAAAGAGAUAGACAAAAAGAAGAGAGACAGUCUGGUUAUGGAUGAAUCCAGCAGAGGGUUGAACUGAACAGAGUUCAUUCUUGCGUCAUGGUUCAACACAGAGGCCACAAAUACUCAACGGUCAUGCACAACGAUUCAACCCAAGAGGCUUUUGCGGGGCCGGGAGCCGAGGAAGGGGACGAGGUUUUCGGGCACGCCCCCCCCAACAAGGACCCCAACUGGUGCAGGACCCCCACCGGACACAUCAAAAGGCCGAUGAACGCGUUCAUGGUGUGGUCUCAGAUAGAGAGGCGGAAGAUCAUGGAGCAAUGGCCGGACAUGCACAACGCGGAGAUCUCCAAACGGCUGGGCAAGCGCUGGAAGAUGCUCCCGGAUUACGAGAAGAUCCCCUUCAUCAAAGAAGCGGAGAGGCUCCGUCUGAAGCACAUGGCGGACUACCCCGACUACAAGUACAGGCCGAGGAAGAAGAGCAAGUCGUCGCCUCCCGCGAAGGCUGGAGACAAGAUGACGCUGAAGCCCGGCAAGGCCGGCUCGGGCCGUGCGACCUCUUCCGGUGGCAGAGCCCUCAAGGCCAGACCCUCCGCUUCCAAACACAAAGUGAACCUUAACGGCAAUAAGUACAAGAGCUACGACCGGGAUGAGGGCGAGGACGACGUCGUGGAUGUAAAACUGGCUCGGGUCACGACCGACGAGCGGAAAAACCCCGGGGCCUGCGGCCACCAGGUCCUUCCGGCGUCCCCCAAGGACCCAUCAGCGGCACCGCCGCCCGUGGCCCAACUCCGGCUCAAGGCAGCCGUCCCCCAGCCGGCCUGCAUCACGGCUUGUCCGCGGGACCCCGCUGCCGGGGGGGUGUGCCCGGCCCCUGUGGAGACCCGGGCGGCCGACCCCACGGCGCCUCCCGGCGACCGGCCGUCCACCCCCACCUCCAGCCGCUCCUCCUCCGUGGUGUCGAGCACCUCCUCCGACGAGGAGCUGGACGAGGAGAUCUUGCACAUCAUAUCCAACGCCAGCUUCGACAGCGUGCCCAUGGACUGCUCCGGUCUGGACAAGGACUUUGAAGCGUUUCACACAAACUCAGGAUCCCACUUCGACUUCCCCGACUACUGCACGCCGGAAGUCAAUGAGAUGAUAUCGGGGGACCUGCUCGUGCCCAGCAUCUCUGACCUGGUGUUCACCUACUGA